GGCGCGGCAAAAUGUGACGCUGUGGUUGGUCAUGUGAUUGACAGUGCAGGGGGCGGGGUUAUAGCAGUACAUAGUAGAGAGAGGAGCGCACCUACCUGUCUGGGAGAUAAGAGGCCAAUAUAACCUCCCCGGAGAUGUUCAACUUCUUCAGGAAAGGUCAAGAUGCCAAGAAGAGCCCGACACGGGACAAAGAGACGGAUGAGUUUGUCUUCCUGGGACAGACCCCGACGGAGAGGCAGAACGGCGUAGCGCCAUAUCCCGCGUCCGAUCUCCCCUACAGUCUGCCUUACCAGAUGCAGCCAGCUAUCCCCCCGCAGCUCAACAGAGGUGAUCCUGCAGCCACCAAGUGGACCAAUCAGCUCUCAGAGGGGAACCCAGCAAUGGCAGACCUGCUCGAUGACAUCCCUUUCAUCCUCGCCCCUCAUGUCCUAGAAGUGCAAAAUAUCUGCCAGGAACUUCCAGAGCCUGUGCCCAACUACAAUCUGGAUGAGAGCUUUUCCCGAUUCCACUACGAUUUCACCUUGGAGAACUCAGUGCUGUGCGGACUAUGAGUCCAGUUUUGUGUCCUGCCUUACAUUUCUCACUAGGCACUUUAAUCGUGAAUAUGUAAAAAUACAGCCGUUACGCUUCCAGUCAUUGUACAUACAAACCCCAUUUUCUGCCACCAAAGCAAUAUUUAUAUUAGUAUAUUACAGUGUGUCGCCGUUCAUUCGUUAGAAUACAGACUAACCAUUUACUAGAGUGAGUGACAUCAAUAGAAAUCCAGCCUGUCUAUUCACUAGAGAUCAGUGACAUCACUGAGCAUAUCCAUUCACUAGAGACCAGUGACAUCACUGAAACUGCAGCCUAUCCAUUCACUAGAGACCAGUGACAUCACUGAGAAUACAGCCUAUAAUUUCAUUAAAGACUAAUAAGGACACUAAAAAUGCAGCAUAUCCAUUCACUAGUGUCCAGUGACAUCACUGAGAUUACAGCAUAUCCAUUCAGUAUAGAACCGUGACACCAAUGGAAAUAAAGCCUAUUCAUUUACUA